UCGUCGGUAGGUAACGGUGGCGGCGGCGGACGACGAAGACGCGCCGGGCGAAACUGGGUUGUCCUCCGGCCCGGCAGUGGAACAGACGCAUCCGAUACGCGAACAACACUCUCUCGACGUCGCGGCUCACACCGCACAACGCACACGACGCGCGACGACGAUCAUAAUAAAAAAUGAGAUAAUGGUUAUAGGCAAUAAUCGCGAAUAACAUCGAUCGUCGCCAGAUCGUUAGAAUAUCGGACCGCGCAGUGAUCGUGUAAACCUCGUGGGUAUAAUAAUUCGUUCGCGUGCACUUUAUACGAAAUAAUAUUAUUAUUUAUUAUUUUACCGUUGCACAGUUAUCGAUAUUGUUUUCGUGCGAUUUGGUUUGUUCGUUUGUUCGUUCGUUUUCUCUUAUUCGCAUCUUUCGUCUUUCGGUUUUUUGUCGAUCGAUCGGCGAACAAAAAAAACGUUCGGUGUUUUUUGUGCCGUCCACUGCGACAUGGCCACGCGGAUGCUAAUAUUAAAUAUUCGUUACGUGACGACCGUCUAAACUUUUGAAGUGUCCAAGUGCGUUCCGCGUGAGGAUAACAAUAACGACACSGACGACGCGUGAUCUGCUGCCCCGCCGACACUCGACCGAUCAUCGGUUGCCGUGUGUCCCUAUCAUCGUCCAGUGCGAUCGGGGUUAAUGAUCAUCCGUUAUUAAAUACAUCACGUAACCGUAAGCAACAAAUAAACGCAGAUAUUCGUAUUUUUAUUCCCCGGAGGUUACUGCGAAGACACAGCCUCAGACCACGGCGGUCUGUAGAUGAUCUACUAAUCAGACGGCGUGGCCAAAGUGAUGAGCGUGGUGGACACGUCUCCUCCGGCGUGGUACACCUACUACCCACGACCAGUGGUCGCAUCAGUAGCGCAUCCGCGUGACCCGUCCAGCAUGCGCGAGAAGCACUCGAGCCCGCGCAAGAUGGUCGCCGUUCCCGCAGUGGUGCCGUGCGUGUCGCCCAAACAAGGUUCCGUGUACCCGGCUCACCACCAUCACCACCGCCGGCACCACGACCAGCCGGAUCGCCGUCAUCACCGCGACAACGACGGAUCGGCCGCCGACAAUGACGACGACGAGGACGACGACGACAUGAUGCCGUUCGACUUGUCGCGCAACGGUGGCAGUUCGCCGUCAUCGUCACCACGGUCGCCGCUCCGGUCGCACCGCAUGUCGCCGGCCGCGUUCAAACCGUACGACGGCAGUGGCACUGGCGUCAACAACGACCAACCACUCGACCUGCGAGUCGACUACAAAAAGUCACGCCGUGGCGAUGAAAUGGAAGACGAGAAUCAGAACCUGAUCAUCAGGACGCCGUCCCCGGAGGACAUUGAAGUCGACAGCCCGGGACCACCGUCGGUUGGCCCGCAACGAUACUCUUCUCACCACUCCGAUCACAACGACCGUGGCGCCAUUGUGCAUAGCCCCUGUUCGUCGUCUGACAAAGAAGUGAACGUGACCGAUGACCUCCAUCAUCAUCAUCAUCAUCAUCAUUACCAACCAACCCCACACCAUCAGAACCAGAACCAUCUGCAGCAGCAUCAACAGCAACAGCAUCAACAGCAACAGCACCAACAGCACCAACAGCAGCAGCAACAACAACAACAACAACAACAACAACAACAACAUCACCGCCGCGGUGGCAUAACCGCCGAAGACGAACGUCAUCACCACCAGCGGAUGGUCAACUAUCCAGUGUUGUUCCCGCCGCAGCCGCUCCACCCUAUGAUGUUGGAGGCCAUUUACAGGGCGGGCGCUGUGGGCGACAAAUCCCGGAUGCCUUCGUCGCUGGCCGGUUACCAGACAGGUGGCGGUUACCACAGACCGUCACAGCACUAUCCGUUUAUCAACUCGCCACUGCUCAACGGGCAUCACCACGUGCCUCCGCCCACCUACGACGUUGUCAGACAGCCUCCGCCGCCUCCGCUGCCGCCACCAGUGGCCAGAUCUCCACAGCAGAAGUCGUCAGCGUUUCAAGAGACGUCCGGAAAACCGAAAGACAGGUACUCGUGCAAGUUUUGCCAGAAAGUGUUCCCGCGCAGCGCCAACCUGACCAGGCACUUGCGAACGCACACGGGCGAACAGCCUUACAAGUGCAACUACUGCGAACGGUCGUUCAGCAUAUCGUCCAACUUGCAGCGACACGUGCGCAACAUACACAACAAGGAGAAGCCGUUUAAGUGUCCGCUGUGCGAGCGGUGCUUCGGACAGCAGACGAACCUGGACCGGCACCUCAAGAAGCACGAGGCCGACGGGCCGACCAUAAUGGACGACCGGCUGUCCUCGUCCGCCGCGGUCGUGGCCGCAGCAGCAGCAGCCGCCGCGGCCGAUCGGAGGCGGCCGUCCCGGGGCCCCGGCGACGAGUCCUACUUCGAGGAAAUCCGAUCUUUCAUGGGCAAGGUGAGCGAGGACGGCAAUAGGUUCGCCGCACUACUUGAUGUGAUCUUAUUUUUUAUGACAUCGAUGGAUAUUUACAACACGUGCGUCAAAAGAACUAUACAUGUCUUCAUGCCAAAACAGAAAUGCAAAUUACUGGGUGAUGUUUUUAACAGAAGACUCAUUAUUCAGGAGAAAAGAAAAGUCUUAUAA